AUGUCUCUCAAGAACGACGCCUUCCCCUCCUCUCCAGCCUUCGACGCCAUCAACGACGCCCUCAACUCCAGCGACGCCGAGCGAAAAGCCGCGAUCAAACAAGGCGGCGCCGUCUUCGCGUUCAAACUCACAAACAACAAAGGCCAGGAAGAGUCAUGGCACAUCGACCUCAAAGAGACGGGGAAAGUCGGCAAAGGCGAGGCCCCAGAGGGCAAGAAAGCUGAUGUGACACUCGUGCUAUCCGACGAGAACUUUGGCAAAUUGGUCGCCGGCAGCACCAAGGCGCAGUCGCUGUUCAUGACGGGAAAGCUGAAGGUCAAGGGCAACGUGAUGAAAGCUACGAAGCUGGAACCUGUCCUGGCAAAAGCCAAGGCGCAAGCGAAGCUAUAA